UGCAAAGGGUUUGAGGGGAGACAAGGAGGAUUUAGUGGGCUAUCUGGAUGGGGUGUGGGGACGGGAAUGGGAUUUGCUAGGAAAGGAAGGGGAUUAUGAGGACAGGGAGUUAGGGGACGCGAGAUGUCAUGUGGCACAAGAUGGAGGUUGUUGGCAGCAGCAAGGGGCCGACAGGAAGGCAGAGGGACAUGAUGGGGCCUCAGGGAGAGAGUUAAAGGACGCAAAAAGAAGGUGAUGGGGACGGUCGGGGUUUAUGGGCACUGUGGAAUGUCACGGGGAUCCGUGAGCCCCCUGCUGGUAGGCCAGGCUCAGCUUCCCGGUCUCUUCCUGACUGGUGGGGUCAGUACAGCCCACGGCAUUCCUCCUCAGCUGUCCAUUCUCCCUCUUGCUGUCCGCAGACCCUGUCUCUGCUGGUCUCUCCGCUACCUUCCCGCAGCGCGUCGCUGCGGCUCCCUGGGCUCUGCAGGCCUUUGUAGAACAUCUGAUGACGUCUCGGCAGUUCUCCAGGGACCCUCCCGUGGAGGACUUCCUGCCGCUGUCCAUUGUGUCCAUCUUCUGCUGUUUCCCCUUUGGGAUUAUAGCUCUUGUUUUCUCCAUCAAGACUCGGGAUGCCAACAACUAUGGAGACAGAGUGAGGGCAGAGAAGAAUUCCAACAUGGCCUUAGCCAUGGGCGUCACGAGUAUCAUCUUAGGACUGCUGUUCAUAUUCUUCACGUCCUCCUUCAACUUCAUCCGGUGACAGAUGCCCCACAGACCAGGCGAUCCCUGGGCCUUCCCUCCCUCCCUCAGAGUGCCAGGGAUGGUCCUUGCUUCCCGUAGACCCUUUGGACUCAAAUGUUCACGCUCUGACUGUCCCUGGGAUAGUUUCUACUCCACUGGUAUUUUGGAGAACAAUAAAUUAUG